CUAGCCUCAUCACACAUUGAUUCCACAUCAUGUUCAGCCUAAUUACAAACUGCUGCACCUGGGCUCGGAAAGUUCAGGACCCGAUCAGGAAUGUCACUCUGCUGGUCCUAGGGCUCAGCCAUGCAGGGAAAACUGCAAUAUUGAAAGGAAUACAGAAAGAAUCUCCUUACCUCAUUCAGCCAAAUGGCGGGUUUUCCAGGACUGACCUCAUGGUAGAUCGGUUUAAUGUGACACUAUUUGACCUGGGUGGUGGAGAGAAAGUCCGAAGCACUUGGAAGAAUUAUUAUUCUGAAGCACAUGGUUUUAUUUUCGUUGUUGAUUCUACGGAUGUGAAGCGAAUGGGUGAAGCUGGAAAUGUUCUGUCAGAAGUACUAAAACAUCAAAAGAUGUCUGGGAAGCCUGCCCUUAUACUAGCAAACAAGCAGGAUAAAGCUGAGGCACUACCAGAGUUUGACAUUGUUGAGCAGAUAUCCUUGGGGAAGUUGGCCAAUGAAAAUAAAUCCAUCUGCCACAUUGAACCAUGCUCAGCUACUUUAGACUACGCUGAAAAGAAACUAGAUAAGACCAUUCUGAAGGGGCUGCGCUGGCUCCUGCGGGCUAUCGCCAAGGACUACACCAAUCUGUGCACACGACAGCUCCAUGAAACCAUGGCACCAAAGACCAAAGAGCAGGAACAAUCAGAGGGAGCACAGCCAAUAUACAGGAAACAAGGAGAAAGGAAAAGACGGACCAGGGUUGGAUUGGAGAUGCAAAAGAGACAACAUCUGAAAGACCUUGAAGCCACACCUCACACAAAGAUCAACCCUUUGAAGUGUAUAAAUAAUACCAUCACUGCUCAGAAUGAAGAAAAAAUCAAGAACGCCUUUGUAACUAAGAAGAAAAAGAAAAAACUCAGGUUUGGUAGAAGCAAUCUGACUUUGCCUGGAACAAGGAGGCUGCCUAAUGGAAGCAAUUCCACUUCAGAUAUGAGUAUCAGUACACUUGUAUCCAACCAAGGGAGGAGAGAGAAAGGUGAUGGACAGCUAGACAAUUCUCAUCCAGCAGAGAAGAACACACUGAUGCCAGGCUCUUUAAACACAGAAACCUCCACAGAUUCUGAAAAGAAAAACAAAGGGAAGAAAUUGAAGAAGAAAAGCAAAAAUAAAAUCAAUUCAGAUGACACCGAAGAUAAUUUUUCCAGAAAUGUGGACUUAACAGCACCUCUGGAAAAUUGCAAAAAUAUUCAUGACUAUGAGCCAUGUUUGAAGAACACAUGUCCAGAGUAUAUGCCUUGCUAUUGUAGGGAGAAGGAAGAAUACUGCCGGUGUAUAAAUUUUAAAGGUCCCUUGGGGGAUUACUGGAAUUUGGGACCGAAAUGUGACCAGCAAUGGAAUUCCCUAGACCUGAUUCUCAUAGGUGUAGUUCCUGGAAUUUGCCUUACCAUGGUUGUCGCUGUCUGUAUGUACUGUGUUUACAGCCACAAGAAAUGGAACUAUCUUGCAAAUGCCACAGAAAGAGAUGGAUUAACUGCAAGUGAAACCAAACCUAAGCAACCUAUGAUGAUCAGCAAUCACCAGAACGAAGCCUUUUUGAAUGAUGAAGUCAACUAUCAAAAUCUGCAUGGUCAACAGAAAAAUAUGAGUAAAAACCUUGUAGAAAAUGUGAUCCAACCACGGCUAAAAAGAGGAAUUAAAGAUGCUGAAAGAUCAAAGAAAGAAGCUUGUAAUGUUGCCAAAAUGAGUAAUAAACCUGAAGAUUGUGAGGAUUUUCUAAUUCAGCAAAGAAGGACCAAGAAAUUGUUACAGAAAGAGAAAAGAGAAUAUGAGAGUAGACUAAUGGAGAUUGACAUUUUUUCAUUACACAGCCAAAAUAAGAAGAUAAUUGAAAAACUAGAGUUGCUACAGUAA